AUGAAGCUCCUCGCCCGGAGGAUCCUCCCGGACAUGGAGGAGGAGCAGCUUUCUCUGCUCCCAGAGGACCCUGAGGAUAUGUGGCAUGCAUACAACCUCAUCGUCGUUGGCGACAUCGUCGGCGGGCACGCCAUUCGCAAGAUCGCCAUCCCGAACGGUGGCACCGGGUCGUCGGCUACGGAGCGCGUCCACACCGACCUGACUCUGCGAGUAAAGUCCACCUUCUUCGACCCAGCCGUAUCAUCACUCCGCGUCUCCGGCGUCGUCGUCAGCGAGAACGAAUACGUGCCUCGGGGCUCCCAUCACACACUCGACCUGGAAGUCAGCCGCUCGUUUAAAAUCGUCAAGCCAAAUGGCUGGGACUCGGUCGCCAAUACCACACUCUCUCAGGCGCUAUCUGACGACAGGAACGGUGCCAUGGCCGCCGUCGUCAUGCAGGAGGGCUUGGCCAACAUCUGCCUCAUCACCCAGUUCCGCACAGUGUUGAAGACCAAGGUCGAGAGCGUCGUCCCGAAGAAGCGUGACAAGGCUUCGGAGCAAGACGCCGGCAUGAAGCGCUUCUUCGAUAAGACGCUCAACUCGCUCGUCCGUGCCCUCGACUUCUCCGACACUCGUCCGCUGCUCCUCGCCAGCCCAGGAUUCACGGCCGGCGACUUCAAGGACUACAUGACGAAGCAGGGUCGCGACAAGUCAGACAAGGUUCUCAGUGCAAUCGCGAAAAACGCGACGGUGAUUCACACCAACUCGGGCCAUCUACACAGCCUGAACGAGGUUCUCAAGAGCCCCGAAGUCCUCGCCAAGAUGCGAGACAUGGUGUACGCCAAGGAGACGCAGUACAUGGACCAGUUCUUCGACAUGCUCAAGCUGGACGACGGGCGCGCGUGGUACGGCACAAAAGCGGUCGAGAAGGCUGUUGCCGACGGCGCGGUCGGGCCGGGCGGCGGCGUGCUCCUCGUCAACAACUCCCUGUUCCGAAGCGAUGACCUCGAGACAAGGAAAAAGUACGUCGGGCUGGUGGACAAGGUGCAUUUGGAUGGAGGCGAGGCGCGGAUACUGAGCAGCGAGCACGAGAGUGGUCAACGGUUAAAGCUGAUGGGCGACAUCGCUGCCAUUCUGAAUUACCCCAUCCUGGAUCUCGACGAGGACGAAGAGGAGGAGGCGGAGCAAGUGGUCCGGGACAACGGAAACAGACACGAAGAGGACGAAGACAUGUUAGACAGCGUGAUUUAG